CAGAGAAGAGUGCCCAUCUGGUGCAAGUGCAUGCAGAUUCUAUUGCAAGGUGUCAUGUUUGUGUAGUUUAAUGAUUUUUUGAUUAGGACUUCAAAUUAACACUGAAAAAUGAAACUGAGUCCAAGAGAGGUCGACAAACUAGGCCUGCACAAUGCUGGCUACCUUGCUCAGAAACGUCUUGCUCGCGGUUUAAGACUCAAUUACACUGAAGCUGUGGCUCUCAUUGCCAUGCAGAUUAUGGAAUUUGUUCGUGAUGGUGAAAAGAGUGUGGCACAACUAAUGAACAUUGGGAAACAUCUCUUAGGGAGGAGACAAGUUCUUCCAGCGGUUCCACAUCUCUUGAAUGCUGUUCAGGUUGAAGCUACCUUUCCUGAUGGGACUAAGUUAGUCACAGUUCAUGAUCCGAUUGCCUGUGAGAAUGGAGAUCUAGAACUAGCAUUAUUUGGUUCUUUUCUUCCAGUACCUUCACUUGACAAGUUUGCUGAGGACGAAGAAGAUAAUAGAAUUCCCGGUGAAAUAAUAUGUGGAAAUGGAAGUCUAAUUCUUAACCCUGGAAGAAAAGCAGUAAUUCUCAAAGUUGUCAAUAAUGGAGACAGGCCAAUUCAGGUAGGCAGCCACUAUCAUUUUAUUGAAGUAAAUCCCUUCUUAACUUUUGAUCGAAGGAAGGCAUAUGGCAUGCGCCUCAAUAUAGCUGCAGGGACUGCUGUUCGCUUUGAGCCAGGGGAUAGUAAAAGCGUUAAGCUUGUAAGUAUUGAAGGCAACAAAGUCAUCAGAGGAGGCAAUGGCAUUGCUGAUGGUCCAGUUAGUGAAACCAAUUGUAUAGCAGCCAUGGAGGCUGUGUGCACAAGGGGAUUUGGACAUAAGGAAGAGGAAGAUGCAAGUGAAGGUGUUACCGGAGAAGAUGGUCCUUUCACCACAAUAAUUCCUCGUGAGGAAUAUGCUAACAAGUAUGGUCCAACUACGGGUGACAAAAUCCGUCUCGGUGACACCGACUUGUUUGCUGAAAUUGAAAAAGAUUUUGCUUUGUAUGGUGAUGAAUGUGUUUUUGGAGGUGGGAAAGUUAUAAGAGAUGGAAUGGGUCAAUCAUGUGGGCAUCCACCUGCUAUCUCCUUGGAUACUGUUAUAACAAAUGCUGUAAUAAUUGAUUAUAGUGGAAUCAUCAAAGCAGAUAUAGGUAUUAAAGAUGGCCUUAUUGUCUCAAUUGGAAAAGCUGGAAAUCCAGACAUCAUGAAUGGUGUAUUUUUUAGUAUGAUCAUUGGGGCCAACACUGAAGUUAUUAGUGGAGAAGGGUUGAUUGUAACAGCUGGUGCUAUAGAUUGUCAUGUGCAUUAUAUAUGCCCUCAAUUAGUAGACGAGGCCAUAUCAAGUGGCAUCACAACAUUAGUGGGAGGUGGAACAGGGCCAACUGCUGGAACACGUGCCACAACUUGUACACCGGCACCAAAUCAGAUGAAACUAAUGCUGCAAUCAACAGAUGACCUGCCUCUAAACUUUGGUUUUACUGGCAAAGGGAGUUGUGCCAAGCCUGAUGAGCUACAUGAAAUAAUCAAAGCUGGAGCAAUGGGACUGAAGCUGCAUGAGGACUGGGGAAGUACACCAGCUGCAAUAGACAAUUGUUUGACUGUUGCUGAUCAAUAUGAUAUCCAGGUUAAUAUACAUACUGACACCUUAAAUGAAUCUGGAUUUGUGGAACAUACUGUUGCUGCAUUCAAAGGAAGAACCAUUCAUACGUACCACAGUGAAGGUGCAGGUGGUGGUCAUGCUCCAGAUAUCAUCAAAGUAUGUGGUAUGAAGAAUGUCCUGCCCUCAUCAACAAACCCCACACGCCCUUUAACAUAUAAUACUGUAGAUGAGCAUCUUGACAUGUUGAUGGUCUGCCAUCAUCUGAAUAGAGAAAUUCCAGAAGAUCUAGCUUUUGCAUGUUCAAGGAUAAGAGAACAAACAAUUGCUGCAGAAGAUAUUUUGCAUGAUAUUGGGGCAAUUAGCAUUAUAUCUUCUGAUUCACAGGCUAUGGGUCGAGUUGGAGAGGUGAUAAGCAGAACUUGGCAAACUGCCAAUAAGAUGAAGGGACAAAGAGGACCACUUCAGCCUGAUGAAUCAGAUAAUGACAACUUUCGAAUCAAACGCUAUAUUGCAAAAUACACUAUAAAUCCAGCUAUAGCGAAUGGGUUUGCACAAUAUGUUGGUUCAGUAGAGGUGGGAAAGUUAGCUGAUCUUGUGAUGUGGAAGCCAUCGUUUUUUGGGGCAAAACCAGAAAUGGUGAUCAAAGGUGGUGUGGUUGCAUGGGCUGACAUGGGUGACCCAAAUGCAAGCAUCCCCACACCUGAACCGGUGAAGAUGAGGCCUAUGUUCGGAACACUUGGCAAAGCUGGUGGUGCUUUAUCCAUAGUUUUUGUGAGCAAGGAAGCUUUAAACCUCCGAGUAAAUGCUUUAUAUGGACUGAACAAGAGGGUGGAAGCUGUGUGCAAUGUGAGGAAGCUCAGCAAACUAGACAUGAAACUCAAUGAUUCCCUUCCUGAAAUCACUGUGGACCCUGAUACAUACAUUGUUACAGCAGAUGGCGAGGUUCUUACCAGCACUGCAGUCACCACUGUUCCUCUUUCUCGAAAUUACUUCCUCUUUUAG